AUGCUCCAACCUCGAAUAUACAGACCUGUGGUGUCUUCAGAGGCGUCUCUAGCGGCGCUAGCUUCGUCUCUGAGUGCUUUGAGCCUCUGCUCAAAACAUGCGCACCUGAACCCGCGGACGUCGACCAUCUUCGUUCGACAUGCUUCCCACGCCCAGCAAGGCCGGGCAAACGGUCCCUCCGAUUCUGCAGGAAGACGUCUGGGAGCCAAAAAGGGGUCUUCCGAGUGGGUGCACCCGGGAAACAUAAUAUUCAAGCAAAGAGGGACGAAAUGGUUCCCCGGCGAGAACGUCGGCAUCGGCAAAGAUCACACCCUCUACGCUCUUGAAUACGGCUACGUGCGCUACUAUCGAGAUCCCCUGAAGCAUCCCAAGAGACGAUACAUCGGGGUGGCACUGGAAAAAGAAGGACCAAGAUCUCAACUUCCCACGCCGCGCAAUGCGCCCACUCGCAGACGUCUAGGGAUGUACGCCGCACCCAUGAAGCCACCACCAGAGUCUCAAAAGUCAGUGGACGACUCCUUUCUCGAGGCUCAUUUGAGCCAGCGCAGCAAGGGUCACGCGCACGUGGCAUUCAAGGCCUCUGGAGGAGCCGUUACGCCCACACCAGCACCGCCACCUCCGACUUUCAACCGACAAGGAACAUAUCGUGAGGCCAACGCGUCGAUCGGCUUGGCAGCGGAGAGAAAAGGAGUCAAGGUGCGAGAGUACGAUCGCAACGACCGCUGGCUGGCAUGGAGGAAACGGGCGCUCAGAGUGAAGAGAGGGAUGGAGGCCAAAGCAGCCCGAGCGUCGAGAAAGACCAAGGGCAAGAAAUCCAACAAAGGGCAGAAGACUGCCCAGAAGAAAAAGUGA